GUAAUAAUUAAAGUCACACAAAAACAGCCCCAACGGGACGGAGCCCGCUUGCAGCUACACUGAAGGAUAUGCUUCUGUGCUCCACAUUACACCAGAGUGCGUCUGAAGGAUGAAUAGCAGUGGACCAGCAUACCCGUUAGCCUCUCUCUAUGUCGGUGACCUUCAUCCUGAUGUCACUGAGGCCAUGCUGUACCAGAAGUUUUCUCCUGCUGGUCAGAUCAUGUCCAUCCGUGUGUGCCGUGAUGUCAUUACACGGAGAUCCCUCGGAUAUGCUUACAUCAACUUCCAGCAGCCUGCUGAUGCGGAAUGUGCCCUUGACACCAUGAACUAUGAAGUCAUCAAGGGUCGUCCAAUCAGGAUCAUGUGGUCACAGCGAGAUCCAGGUCUGAGAAAGUCUGGUGUGGGAAACAUCUUCAUCAAGAACAUGGAUGAGUCUAUUGACAACAAGGCUCUCUAUGACACCUUUUCUGCCUUUGGUAACAUCUUGUCAUGUAAGGUGGUUUGUGAUGAGAAUGGCUCAAAAGGUUAUGGGUUUGUGCACUUUGAGACUCAAGAAGCAGCCAACAGAGCCAUUGAGACCAUGAACGGCAUGCUUCUGAAUGAUCGGAAAGUUUUUGUAGGGCAUUUUAAGUCUCGUAAGGAGCGUGAGGCAGCAUUGGGAGCUAAAGCCAUGGAGUUCACCAAUGUGUAUAUUAAGAACUUCGGUGAAGAUAUUGACAGUGAGAAACUGAAGGGCAUCUUCUCUGAAUUUGGUAAGACCCUUAGCGUGUGUGUGAUGACGGAUGAAAGGGGAUGCUCUCGUGGCUUUGGAUUUGUCAACUUUGAAAACCACGGAGAUGCCAGGAGGGCAGUAACUGAAAUGAACGGAGAAGAGCUGAAUGGCAGAGUCCUUUAUGUGGGCAGAGCUCAGAAAAGACUGGAGAGGCAGGGAGAACUCAAGCGCAAGUUUGAGCAAAUAAAGCAGGAGCGCAUACAACGCUACCAGGGAGUAAAUCUCUAUGUAAAAAAUCUAGAUGACAGCAUUGAUGAUGAGAAGCUGAGGAAAGAGUUUGCUCCUUAUGGAACCAUCACCAGUGCAAAGUUGCGAGCCAUUCCCAGCCCUGCCAUACCCACCACCUACCAGCAGAGCUCCGGCUACUACAUGACCUCUGUGCCACAACAUCAGGUUCGCCCUUUUUACAACACCGUACCAAACCUGCGGCCUGCGCCACGCUGGACAACUCAAGCUCCUAGGACUCAAGCUCCAUUCACCGCUCAGUUUGUGAGACAAGCGGUGCCCCGCAGACCCUCCACCAUCAUCAGCACAGUCCGCCAGGCGUCCACUCAGGUUCCUCACAUUGUUAACAACACCCAGCGAAUGGCCAACAUUGGCACACAGACUGCAGGUGGGAGAACUGCAGGAGCGGGAGCUGUAGUCAGAGGAGUCAGUCAAUACAAGUACUCAGCAGGUGUCCGAAAUGUGCAGCAAGUCAUCAAUGCUCCAGCUCCUGUCGUUCACCAGGUAGUACAGAAUACAGAGCCGGCGGUUCAUGUGAGAGGCCAGGAGCCCCUUACUGCCUCAAUGCUGGCAGCUGCACCCUUAAAAGAGCAGAAACAACUCCUGGGUGAGCGGCUGUAUCCACUUAUCCAGGCCUUGCAUCCGACUCUUGCGGGAAAGAUUACAGGCAUGCUGCUGGAGAUUGACAACUCUGAACUACUGCACAUGCUCGAGUCUCCAGAGUCCCUGCACUCCAAGGUUGAAGAGGCUGUAGCGGUGCUUCAGGCUCAUCAAGCCAAGGAACUGUCGGCAAAGUGAGAGGGAGCUUGUAAGGCAGGCAUGCUCACUGAAGGUCUGUGAGAGUUGUUCCAGAGAACGGGGGGAAAAGAAAACAGCACUUCAGAGUAAUGCUAUUUAAUGCAUGGUUCGCACACUGCAAAUGUCCUUUUGCUCUCCACAGUGUUAAGUUUGUUCUGAUUUUGUUUAUUAAAAAAAAAAUUAAAAGUAAAAUGACAAAAAAAAAAGGCUAAAAAAUAUUUUUUGAAAUUUCUGUGUGCAAUAAAAAUUAUCCUGGCUUAAUGGACAUGCAAAAA